AUGGAGUGUGAUCCAAGUCAGUGUACUCCGAACGUCUACCUGGCGGUCAUUUGCUUUGACAACCUGAAUUGCUUUUUCCAGUUAGGCUUGACCUUGCAUGAGUUUUUCUACUUCUUCGAGGUGAAACACUGCAAGAAGUAUGCCAAACUUCGUGCGAACAAGGAGAAGCUCACAACCUGUUAUCUACUUGCAAAGAAGCCUACCCUAGACCUUGUUUGUCUGUUGAGAAAUAGAGGGUUGCUGACUUUCUUCACAGGAGUUCAAGUCGUCUGCAUCAAUCAAGGGAUGAGGAUCGAAUUGGGAAGGCUACUUAUCUGUCUGGAAAGCGCACGCCAUCUGCUGAGUUACGAGAGGUCAACCAUGGAGUUGAUCCAACAUUGUUGA